CGCAACUUUCAUCUUCCUCAUCAGCUUACUUCAAAUCCCAGAAACCUGCAUCCGUCUAGGUACCCCAAUCACAAAACCCCACAAGAAAUUCCCUUCAUCCACCUGCGAUUCAUGCCCCUGCCGCCUGGACCUCUAUCCAACGAUGAAGAACUUCCGUUGUGGUCAACCACGCCCUGGAUCUCCAAAUUAAACUCCUUCACCAAAUUCUUCUCUAGCCUUCAAUCACCCAACCUCUUACUCAACCACCCAUUCAUCCUCUAUCUCUCCACAAACGCUGGCCACGAGGUGAUGGCCCUCCAGAACAUGGGCUUCAUCGAUUGGAUCAGGGUCUCCGUCGUGCACCCAUCGCCGGAACUAAUUCAAGUCAAGGAGGGGGGGGGGGAGAGUGAGAGAAUAACUAGUCGCCGGAAGGGGGAUUCGACGAGGAAGGCAGUUGUUUGCCGUUGA